AUGCCAGCAGGGCCCCCUAACGUAGAAGCGGAGUGUGACUACAAAGGGGAUUUUCUGCUGGUGAAACUGAAAGAGCUUAGUGUUUUAAAGUUUUUCUCCUGCAACAGGCUCUCUCCUUUGAUAGAAGACCAGUGCCUGCUGUUUGCGUUCCUAGCAGUACUCUCUUUCUGUCCAGUGGCUCUUUAUUCUGAAUUGUUGCUUCCUCUCUGCAAGGGUCUCACUUCUACUGAACAAAGCCACCUUGUUUUACUCUCCCUUGUGAACACCUACCUCUUCAUGAUGCAAGCCCAAGGCAUCAUGAUUCGUGAAAACAUGAGAACAAUAGGAGCUCAGGUUUAUGAGCAGGUGGUCCGUAGUGCCUAUGCCAAGAGGAACAGCAGCGUAAAUGACUCAGAUUAUCCUCUUGAUUUGAAUCACAAUGAAACCUUUCUGCAAACCACAACUUUUCUUCCUGAAGAUUUUACCUACUUUCCAAACCAUACCUGUCCCGAGAGACUCCCUUCUAUGAAGGGUCCAGUUGAUGUAAAUAUGAGUGAAAUUACAAUGGAAGAUAUCCAUCAAGUAUUCUCUAAAGACCCUUCUAUCAAGCGAGGAGGCCAUUGGAAACCUAAUGACUGCCUGCCUCGUUGGAAGGUGGCAAUCCUGAUCCCAUUCCGCAAUCGUUAUGAGCAUCUUCCAGUUCUCUUUAGGCACCUUAUUCCAAUGCUUCAGAGCCAACGUUUACAGUUUGCGUUCUAUAUCAUCGAGCAAGCUGGUAACCAACCUUUUAACCGUGCCAUGCUCUUCAAUGUUGGCUUCCGGGAAGCAAUGAAGGACUUGGAUUGGGAUUGUCUCAUCUUCCACGAUGUGGACCACAUACCAGAAAAUGACCGCAACUAUUAUGGAUGUGGACAGAUGCCAAGACACUUUGCAGCCAAGCUGGAUAAAUAUAUGUAUCUGCUCCCUUACAAUGAGUUCUUUGGAGGAGUGAGUGGCUUAACAGUGGAACAGUUCCAGAAAAUUAAUGGCUUCCCCAAUGCAUUCUGGGGCUGGGGUGGAGAAGAUGAUGACCUUUGGAACAGAGUGCAGUAUGCAGGCUACACAGUGACUCGACCAGAAGGAGAGACAGGGAAAUACAAGUCAAUUCCACACCAUCAUCGAGGUGAAGUGCAGUUCUUAGGAAGGUACGCGCUGCUGAGGAAAUCAAAAGAGAGGCAAUCCCUGGAUGGUCUCAAUAACUUGAACUAUUUUCCAAACAUUACAUAUGACGCCUUGUAUAAAAACAUAACUGUUAACCUGACGCCGGAGCUGGCUCUGGUGAAUGAAUAUUAAGAGGAGAUAAAACAUUUGCUUUGCCCUUUGCCAAGAAAGCAACACGUUAGACAUUCUUUUAUAGCAUCACCAAGGACAACAAAUGCAUUGUCUAAUGAAGGAUCACAGUAUAGAAUAAGAUUUGAAGAAUAAGAUUGAAAGCGCACGCACAAAUCGUCUUAGCUGUACUGACCCAAUCCAGUUGUUUGUGCAGCAAGCCUAGUGACUUGAUUCGCUUUCUGGUUUUAAGAACAAUGGUGUGACCUGCUGCUCUCAUCUCUGCAUUCCGUCUCCUCCAACAAUCUCGAAUACUGUAACUGUUCUCUGACACGCUUUUCUCUCAUGGAACCAGUUUGGCUGAAUGACUCUUUGGCUGCUUGACUUUGGAUGCCAGAAGCAAUCCAGUAGGCAAUGGCCCUAAUGGGAGAACAAACAAAACUUAUACCAUUCUUCUACAUUUGUGUGGUUUUUUAAAUGACCUGCUUGAAGUAUAUACAAUGGAAUCGCUUCUUAAAGAAGUGUAAGUGUAAAUAAGCUAUGUAAAUUGCCUUUUUUAUUUUCUUUUACAAUUCAAAACCCAAGCUAAAAGUUUAUGUAUUCAAGUCACUCACAUAGGCCCCGAUCCUGUAAACACUUACACAUGUACUUAAAGGAAUGACUUGCAUGAAUACAAUUAAGUGAAUGGGACUACUCAUGUGAGUAAAGCCAUUUUUUUAUGUUCGUGCAUAUGUGUUUACAGGACCAGGGGCCUUAACUGGUAAGAUGCAGGAGUUUAGAAACCUGAAGCCACAUCUGAUGACAAACUGUGGGGAGGGAAGGGUAUUGAAACCUACAUGAAAAGGAAAAGCAUCCAACUUGCAUCAUUUUGCAACAGACCCUGUGAAAAAAUAUCACGUCUUUCUAUUCUAUUCCUGAUGGCUUUCUUUGCCUAUAAACCCCUGUAUCCUAUACCUGUUGGCAAGUGCAAGCUUGGAUUGUAGACUUAUAAAAUAAGUCUUUCACACCCCCCAUCCCCACCAUGCUCCUUUCCACCCCAAGAGCCAGAUUCAGCAGAAGGCCUAUCUGGUCUCCCUGAACAUAUCCCCAAGCUCAUAUCUUCUCUCCUCUAUCAUGGUCUGUAGGUUUGGGCAGUUGGCUGCAGUUUAUUAAAUCUGCCCCGAACUUUUAACAGCAUUCUGCAGUGGUUCCUCUAAUAUAAUACUUUUUUGUUUUAUGCAGUAGUAUUUUGCUAUAUUUAUUGUAUAAAUGAAACAGUACACUGAACUAAUGUGUAUUAUAACCAUAGGUAGAACACUUGGUUAUGGUCUUUAACCAGAGAAAGCAUUGCGCAGGUACAAAUAGCGGGACAGAUUUAGCCACAGACUUAAAAUCACAAUGUGAAAAAUGAAGGACAUUAAAUUUAGUUCAGGAAAACAUAAGUAUCAAGAACUGAAGAGCUUGGUCCAUAUCCCCAUCCAGUUUUAUAGAUUUUUUUUUUUUUUUUGUUCUUCCCUAGACAUGAUGUUUUUUGGUUGUGCCUAUUUAAUUUUUUUUUCUUUUGGUUUAAAACCAAUCCAUCAAUUAUACAGCAUGUACAAACUCACUUUUACUGGGCCUUCCAGCCAGUAAAAGCUUUUUUGGGGGGUUGCUUUAACAUAACAUGUAUAUUUUAUAUAUAUAUAUAUAGUGACGUGAGUGCUUAAACCUCAGAAGUUCUUUAACUUUCUUUUAUCACAUUGUUUGCCUUCUGUUUUUCUAAACUCUAAUAGUUUACAUUGGUUUUCUUGGUUGCAUGGACAUAUGAUCCCCAUACACAUCUGCUGUGGGUGUGACUGACCAGGCCUCUCUUCUGUCUCUUGAGAAUAACUUAGUUUAGAAAACAUGGAGUUCUUGUUGUGUAGAUCUUAUCAAUCAGCCUGCAUGAGAGGACAGAAUCUGCCCUUGAGAGUGCUGAUAAAUUUGUAAUUUAGGUUUAAAGUCUUUGAAUACAUGUGCUUUAAAAUUGCUUCCUGAGGGAAUCCUACAUGGUUAUUUACAGACAGAGGUAAGGAUUUUCUUUUAUGGCGCAUAUAUAGCAAUAAAGACUUUUGCUUCUUA